AAGAAUAGCUAAGUUUAUAAUAUAUUCUAUUUCUUAGUUAUACAAAUCGUAUUAUUUUUAAAAAAAUUAAUAUUACUUAUUGUAUAAUUUAGAUAAAUAUGAUAUCAUUUUUUUGACUUAUAAAAUUAUGAAUUUAAAUUUAAUUUUAAAUGAGAAAUAUGAUAGCAAUAAUUAUUUAUUAAUAAUAUUUUUACAGUUAUUAAUUAAACAACAACAUAAGAAAUAUUCUUUGAUAAUAUUUUUUAAAUACAAAUUUAAUCAUGAAUUAUUCAAAUUUCUUAGGUAUUAUAAAGCACUUUUUAUUAUUUUUAUUUUGAUAUAUUUCUUAAUAUUAUGAGAGAACAUGUACCAUUGUUUUUUAACAAGCUGCCAAAUAUUUAUACGUAUAAAAAUUCAUAUAUCGUUGAUAGUACUCGGCAUUUUCUUCUUUGUAUAUAUACUGUUGCUGUUUUCUUUUUUAUUUUAAUAUAUUCAAAAUAUUCCUACCUCUGCGUAAUGAAUAUCAAAAGAUAUAUGUGUAUAUAUAUAUAUAUAUACACACAUAUAUCUGAUUUUUAAACUCUGUAAGACUGAUUUUACAAAUCGGCAUAUCAUUUCUGUAUGAAUGUCUUUUUAUGUUAGUUUUAAUUGAAAAUAAUUAUAACAUAACAGAUUUUGUACACAAAAUUUUUAACAUAUUAUGAUUGAAUGAAAUGUAUAAGAGGCUUUUUUAAAAUACGGUAUUGAUAUGUACUUAUAGAAUUCACAUUUUCAUAAUAUCAAAUUGCACUAAGGCACAUAAUAUAUAUUCCUUUAGUCUCAAUAUUUUAAUAGAUUUAGGAAUUUAUUAUGUUUAUCUUAAUGACAUUUUUAAUAGAAAUAAUUCGAAUAUUUCUUUAUUGAUUUAAAUAACAUCGAUUAUAAAAAUUCAUCAUAUAAAUUAAAAUUUUUAAUAUUCUUAAAUCUAUUAUAUUUAACAUGAUUUUUGGAUUGUUGUGCGUCUGAAUGUUUGUGUGAUAUAUUUAAAACAAAAUAAAAUAUUUGUUUUUUAAUCUUCGUAGUUAAAAAAAUUAUAAAAUACAUAAUGAGCAUUAUUUAUUGAUAUAUUUAAAAACAAAUAACUUCAUUUUCAUUUAUUUAUUAAUUUAAUUGAAGAAAAAACAAAAUCUUUGACCAAACUAAAACUUUAAUGACCUUAGGAAAAGUGGCCUUAGGACAAUUUUAUAAAAUUUGCUAAUAUAUACAUAGAAAAAGUAUAAAAAGUAUGUAUGUAAUUGAGAAAAAAUACAAUUUCAAAACAUUUUUUAUGCAUAUAAUUUUAAUCAAUCUUUAAACUGCAGAAGAUUUAAUUUAUAAGAAAAAUAUACUUUAUCUUAUUAUAAAUUUUAAUAUAUAAUAUAUUAAAAAAGAAUACAUAUAUAAAUACAUAUUUACAGUAUACAAACAAUAUAAAAAUAAAUAAUAAAUACAUGAAUAAAUUAUCAAUCUUUAAAUUUACAUACAUGCAUUCUUCAUCACAUAAAAAAGAGAAAUUGUUAUAUUUCUCGGAAAAUAAAAAAAUGUAAAAAAAUAAAUAAAUGUGUUAAUGUUUAUAUUUCUGAAUAUAUUUACAUAAUAUUCCAUUUAAAAGUAUUUGAAUUUGUGAAUUUUAAAUUAUUAAAUCUUAAUUAAUUAAUAAAAUUUUAAGUACAUAACUUUUUCUUAGUUUUUGUUAUAUUUUACAUGUAUGUGCAAAAAUCAAAUCAAAUAUUAUGAGAACCACUAACAAAGAAUGCGAAAGAUUGAUUAAUCGUGGAAAGUUUUUACGCAAAAUCCUAGUAAGAGAACCACUGUUUGGAAUUCCUGACUACUUGGUCGACAAUCUUGCGUUUUAAAGUCAGUGGAGCAACGAUAGAUAUUACAUUAUAGUAUUUCAAAGCUAUCUUUUGAACCAAAUGAUAGAUCGAAUUAAAUUUAUUUAAAAUUGAAUAAAGUGUUCUUUAUAAGUAUAAAUUGAUGGAAAAUAUAUAAAUAUAAUCCAAAAAUAAUUCAAAUUAUAAAUAACUAGUGAAAAAAAGUUUUAUUUUUGAAAGCGUCCGCAAAGUAUACAGAUAAAUUCUUUACAUUCCACACAUAUAACACACACACAUAUAACAUUGGUCCAAGCUCUUGCAAAGCCAGCAUCUAGAUGAGAAUGUUACUUUUGUGAUUACUCAUUCGGUGACAUCUGAGGAAUGUGCUAGAAUAUAAUUUUUUUUCUCCAUUAUAUGAGGCAAUUGCUAUAUUGUGGAAUGUGUGGCAUAGGUUGAUGAAAAGAAAAGGUGCUGGAUAAUCCAAAUGGAUAACAAAAGCCCAUUAUGGCCCAGCAUCUACAGACACAACAUCAACACGAAUUUCUACCAUUGUGUGAUGUAUUAUUCAACAUAAUCUCUCUUGCAUCAUAUUUUUGUGACGUUGUUUUUGAUUUUGCAAUGAUAUAUGCCCUUGCUCAACAUUCUAUAGCUCCUCCAAUUCUUUUUCCUUUAAGUGUUAUGCUUAUAGCAACUUCAUUAAUUAUUUCUCAGAUUAUUAGUGUACGAUGGUAUUUGUGGGGUGCCAGAGGUAAAUUAACUGACAAUACUAUAACAGAUUGUAAUGGAAAGAAAGAAAAUGGAAAUUGGACAAUAUGGUGUGUUUUAUUACUUCAUUCAACUCAAAUUGGAGUAUUAUGGAGAUAUUUCAAAUUAUUUAUUCCAGUUAAUCUUACUUAUGUUAAACAUGAGGUAAGAGAACUUUGUGUAUUACGUCUUAUUCAUGCAUUUUGUGAAGCUGCACCAAUGUUACUUCUACAAUUAUAUCUGCUAUCAAUUGGAAUUAAUAAUGAUUCAAAUAAUGAAGUUGAAAAAACAAAAGAAAAUGAAAGCAGAGACAAUGAUAAGUUAGCAAAGUUGACUGCAGUAUCUGCUGGUCUAUCUUUGUGGAGUGUAUGUUGGGCAGUGGCUAGUUUUAGCAAAGGUGCAGCACGUCUUCGUAAUUUAGAACGUUUGGUAUUGACAUGGCUAGGUGUGCUGGCACAACUAGCAUGGCGUCUAGGAACUGUAAGCGCUAGAGUAGGAGUAUUAGUAGCUUAUGCCUCAUUGUAUGGUGGACAAUGGUUGUUAAUUGUCAUGGCUCUCCAUUGGUUGUCAAUGUUAAUGUGGUUGUUACUUACUCCAGAUGGUCUUUUUCAUGGUGGUGAACAUUUACCUAUUUUAAGAAAAACAUCUUUAGCUUCACUUCUUGCAUUUGUUUAUAUAUUUGCAUAUGUAAAUUUGCAUGAAACAAAUCAUCGUCAAAAAAUGAUAAUAUUUUACACAGUAAUGUUUUUGGAGAACAGUUUACUCAUUGGUGUAUGGAUAGUUGGUGUCAAUAGAACUGAUUUUCUUCCACACCAACAUCAUCCAAAUCCUGUAACUUUAGUACUUACAUUAUUAGCUUUAUUUUUUGGUGGUAUGUUUUUCAUGGGUCUUUAUUAUAGAUUUUUUCAUGUACGAAGAUUAAGGUAUGAAGCUGGCGGUAGAAUGACGGCCUCAAAUCUCACAGCUUUAUCAAACCAAGAUAAUCUAGAAGAAAAACAAAUUGAAUAUACAGAGAAUAAAAAAUUAAAUAUGAAUGUUGGAGUGAGAAGAGUUAAAUUAAGUAAUGGUGGGAUACCAGGAGUAUUCAAUUGUCGUUUUGCUAAUCCAACUGUAGUAAAUCCAAAUCGUAAAAAGAAAAAACCAACAACAUUCGUACCUCUUCCGCCACCGCAAUCUCAAUCUGGAACUGUUACAGCUCCUAUAAAUACACUGGAUGAGUCAAAACAAUGGCAUGGUAUAAAUAGCAAUUCACGUCAAUUAAUACCAUUUUGGAAAAAAUCCGUGAAUUCCAAUGCAAUACAGAAUGGUCAUAUGAAUGAACAAAAAAUUGGAACGGAUUCUGGAACUGCCGGUUCUUUAAAUGUAAAUUUAAUAAGAGAAAAACUUCAAGAGAAAAAGCAACAGCAAUUACGCGAAUUAAGAGCUAUACAAGAAGAAAUAAAAGAAGGAAAAUUAUUUCCUCCACCUUCAGCUUCGGCAUCAUCAUUCUCAUCAUCACCUGCAUCAACUCAACAACCACCUCCUAAUACAAAGUUACAUACUUCUCCUAGCUCUCCUUUAUUUACAUCUGAACCAUCAGUAGGUGAUCAAAAUGGAGGAGUAACUUUAUCUUCAUGGCCACCUGUAAAAAUGCAUUGUCUCUUACCUCCGCCACCAUCUUCUUCCUAUUAUCCAAAUAUUCAUCCUUCAAAUUCCUGGAGAACAACACAAAGAGAAAGAGCAGAUACUCCAGAAAUUUUACUUGCACCCAGAUGUCUUCCUCAUCACUAUUCACAUUGGACACCUUCUUCUCAUGUUAAUCCUCGUCAAAACGGCGGAGAAGAAAGUUCUAAAGGUGAAGGGGAGAUAGAAGGAGAACUUAGUGACAUGGAAGGUAGUCAAAUAUCAUUGCCUCGAAGCUAUACUCUACCCCGUGAAUUUAAAUAUCAUCAUCCAAAUAACACUGCCAGAGAACGUGAACGACGAGUAGGAAAUAACAAAAUUUCAGCCUCGCGUUUUUACUUACCUUCUACUAAUAGUUCAGAUGGAGAUGUAGAUAGUGCAGAUAAUGAAGAAGAGACAGAUUCUGAAAUACAUUAUCGUAUAAAGAACAAUCAUGGAUCUAAUAAUCAUAGUGAAACACAACAACAGCAACAACGAUUUACUUUUGAAGAUAAUAAAAACGAAUUUUUAAAUUCAGGUUCUACAGCAGCUGUUAUCGUAUCUGGAAAUUCUUAUUUAAAUAAUUCUCAAGGUUUACUUCGACCAAGUCAAUUGUUUAGAAACAGGGUUAAACAUGAAACAAAGCUUUGAAGCUCAUUUUUAUUGAUAUAAUACUUUAAGAAUUGUAUAAUAGCCAAUCAAAAGUUUAAAGCAAGAAAAGACUGUGUAUAUGAUCUAUUUUUAUAAAAUUAUUUGUUAUAUACGUACGUAUUUUUUAAUUUUCUUAUGUCAAUACUUCUAAGUUAAAAUGUUAACUAAAUGAUAAUAUUUGUAUAUACAAUAGAAUUAAACAUAAAUCUUACUUAAUACUAUUA